GCACUCUGUGUAUACAAAAUGACAAUAAAGUAAGUCUAAGUCUAGUCAUGCGUCAGAUAAGUGUAAAGAAAAAGAAGUUGAGCAGAACAAUCUCCAAGGACCAACUUCGCAUCUGCAAAGUCCUGGCCAGGAGACGCAUCCCUGAACUUCUUGAUGAACUGUCUGAGGACCCCAACCCGGAGGCGCGCAGGAGAUUCUUCGGGUACCUCAGUGUUUAUCUAGCAAGCCUCUAUGGACACCGCACCGGUGUGCUAAAGAACAUGACUGUGGCGGAGGUUGAAGAAGCCCAGCAGGAAGCCACAGUCGGGCAAGUGGGCUUUGUGAUCAAUGUGAAGGAACACAAAACCAACCGUGCGUUUGGCCCCGCACAGCUCUACUUAACUAUAGAGGAAUUCUCAUGGGUGGAGCAGUGGAUGAUCAUCAGACAGAAACUAAACCCACCCACAGACCUUCUUCUCUUCACCGAAAAAUUCACAAAGAUCGAAAAACUGAUCGUGCCGAUGCAAGCCGCCUGGCUUGACAUGGGUUUUCCUGGGCGCCCUACAUUCACAGAUUUCCGAACAUCAAUAGCCACAUACGCAAGGAAUACUUUGUCCCCAAGUGACCGGAUCAACAUUUCAAAGACGAUGUGUCAUGACACACGGACAGCAGACAAAUUCUACGCGCUCCACCGCACUGCGUCAGAGCUGGCUCAGAUCCGUCAGAAUUUCGAGGCAGCCGUCGAGCCACCACGUACGACGGUACAUGACACCGCCGAACCUUCCCUCCUCUCCAUGUCAGAAUCAUCAGGUGAUGGUCUUGAGGAGGAAGCGGAGUGCGCGCCUUCCAGCCCGCCUGCCGGUGCUGCGCCGUCCUCACCAACAUCCAGUCAGGCCACUGGAUCAACAAGCCCUGAUCACGCUUCUGAGAGCGACGUUGACUACACUGUUGACAGCGAGUGAGACACUUCUGAGAGCGAGUCUGAGCACACUUCGGAGAGCGACCCUUCAUAUGAACCAAGUAGAGGGACCCAACAACCCAGAAGAAAGAGACCAUUGUUUACCUACACGUUGAGAAAUAGACGUCCAGGGCGCAGCCA